AUAUAAUAACUUUGUUCUACUUUCCUCCGUUUGAGUAAGUGAAAUUCGCGUCAUAUCCGACCGCGACGUACAGCGGCGACAGCGACGUCGCCGCGUCACCUCGAGUACGAGCCAGUACGAGGAUGAACCAUCGUUUUCAAUCAUAGAUGAUAUAGAUACGCGUAUAUAUGUUAAUGUGCAUAUACAUUUGGGAUCGUAAUAAUUCCGAUUGGAUCGAGAUCGGACUGGUCCUCUCUUCGACGGGAACUGUCUCGGUUAGGUGGGCGAUCGUGUCGGGGAAGCGCGCGGUUGAUCGAUUGGCGACAUACACACUCUCUCUUCAGACACGUCGGCACCUAGGACGAGGAGGGACGCUACAUGCGAGAGUUCGAAAAUUGUCCUCGACAUUUCGUCGACUCGAUGACCGCCCGAUGAUCGCCACGGCAUAAAUAAGCGUCGAUCCCCAUGGUGCGAGCUCUAACGUCCAGCUACAUUGCGUUGAUCGUAAAGCGUAAAUCCCUUGGCGAGUUAGAUCAGGCGAUGUGAGAGUUCACAUGAAAUUCUAGCAUAACUAGACUAUGACAGCGAUGGAAUCUGAUUCCGAGAGUCAAGAUAGCGACGACGGACGGCGGUUUCGUUUCGAGGCUACGCGCAAAGAUUCGGUCGCGCCCGUGAUUACCGCGGACCGAACGAGGACGCCUAAGAGGAAUAAAUUAUCCCAACAUGACAAGAGUUACCGGGACAGGAAGGAACGAUCCAAGUACGAGAGUAGUAGCAAAACGACGGACGAUAAGGAUCUUAGACACUCCACGAAGCACUCGAAGCACGACUCGAGAAACUCGAAGCAAGAGGAUAACAAAAAUUCGCACAGGGAGAGCAGAUCUGGAUUCGCCACGAACGGCAGGGGAGGUUCCAGAAAUUCCAGCGGGGGUGACGCGAGAGAGAGAUCGCGAGGUGACUUGAAACGACAGUCGGACAGAGAUCGAAGCAUCCAUCGACCGCAACGUUCGCGGGAGCAUUCGCAUGAGAGGAAUCAUCACGACGAGCGAGCGUCGAGCGACAAACACAGAGGAAGUCGAUAUCACGAAAGGCACAAGCAUCAUUCUCGCGACAGGAGUCGAGACAGAUCUUAUCAGUCGAGCAGAGUUAAGCCCGAUGAUCAUCGGUCGCGAGACGAUCACGGAAGACACGAUUCCUCUAGGAAAAGAUUGUCAAAGGAGAACAGGUUGCAAAAUCCAAGGGACUAUUCCUCGCCUAAGAACGUCGAGCGAGAGCGCAGUCACAGCGAGACUCGCUCGAGUGAGAAUACCAAGAAGGAUUCUUCGAUAGAGGCGCAAGACGGCAAGGAUUUGGAUCUGUCGCAAUUUGACGUCUUAUCGGAGACCGACGAGAACAUGUCUGACGACCGAGAUUCCGAGGACCGAACGUCAUCUCCGCACUUAUGUGACAUGAAAACUCGCGAUUUCGAAAUUCGGUCGGAAAGUCGCGCGAUAAAGCGAAAAAAUGACGACGUAGCCGGCGACAGAAAACGGGAGGAAUUAAAGGUAAAGAGAAGGAGCUACGAUCUGGCAUCUAGUUCCAGUAAUAAUAAUCCUAGUGCCGUUUCAGAUUCCUUACACAGCGCCGCGACGUUCUUGGUAACGAGAGAGACUUGUAUGGACUCUGAGAGAGAAAAGUCUGAGUAUUGUGAAGAGGAGAGAUUACUUGUUCGCGAUAGUAAUUUUGAAUGUUCUAGCUCGGGGGAAAAGUAUUUAUGUUCUGAUGCUUCGAACGAAAUACGAUCGGAGAAAAAUAUGGACCAAACCGUGCGCACCUAUGGUCCGCUUUUACCACCGGAGUUCUCAUCUGACGAUAAUAAACUUGAUUCUGAGAUGUUUCAUGAAAAUAAAAUCAACGAUGAUACCGAUGGAAAAAGUAUGAAUUUUAUUGGACCUUGUUUGCCACCUCGGUUAAAUGAUCGUCAAAGCAUAGAGCGAGAAGACGCAACAGAUGCUCCUACUACGGCGGAAGCUGUUUUCGGGCCAGCACUGCCACCACAUUUGCUACAACGAGAACAGAAGAACGAUUCGCGGGAUAGAAUUAUCGGUCCUGUACUGCCUACGGACUGUGGCAUUUCCGAAUCGCGUGGAGACUCGACUGCGUAUCCGGAAUCCGAUGACGAUUCUGCGAUAGGUCCUCUCCCCGCGGAUCACCCAGCUUUGAGAACUAGCCACGUACACGAACAGUUGGAUUUGAGAGCACAAAGGAUCAGAAAUGAAAAAUAUUCGGAAGAGAUUGAUGACGGAAAUAAACGUGAAGAAUGGAUGACUGAGUUACCACCCGCACAAGCUGUUAAUCUUGGAUUAGGUCCACGUAAAUUCAGGCUUCGGGAUGGUCCAGAUAUGUCAGACAGAUCAUGUUGGACUGACACACCAGCAAAAAAAGCUUGGAAACAGAGGGACUCGGAAUCAAAAAGACAAUCCGAGAAAAAACAUAUAAAUGAAUUUCAUAAGAAGGAUACAGAUAAAAACAGAAAAUGUGAGAAAUCGUUAUUAGAAAUGCACCAAAGCAAGAUCGCCAAGAAAAAGAAGAAAGAAGAAAAAGAAGCGAAACAAACUGGAAUAUCGACGAGAAGGCCAUUCGAUAGAGACAUUGAUUUGCAAGUUAAUCGAUUUGAUCAGGUGCAAAAAAAGACUGUCCUGAUGAAAGCACAGCUCCUCGACGAUAGGUUCUCGCGUGGGCAAAUUUAACGAAUUCAAAUUUCACACGGGGAUAAAAUUAUGGUAAUGAAUGUAAAUAAUUGCAACUUGUAAAAGUAGUUAUAUUCUGUAUUAAAUAUAUUGAUUUGCAAGUUAAUCAAUUUAAUUAGACGAAAAGAAAGACUAUUGAUGAAAGUGCAGUUGCUCGACGGUACAUUCUUAUGCAAACAAAUUUAACGGAUUCGAAUUUUCAAAUAAGGAAACAAUUGUAAAUAAUCGUUACUUGUAAUAGAACUUAGAUACUAUAUUAAAUACAUUCAGAAAUUGACAGACCGAAUGUUGUUUAAUGGUGCCUUGAAUUAAACAAAGUUCUUGCCAUCUUGACUGACAAUUUUACAUAAAUGUUUUAGUAAAAUAUGCACGUUAGUUUCAUUAUGUUCAUGUCUUUUUAAUCAUGAUUUUUACAACACAUUUUUUAUAAAGCAACAUUUUACUAUCGAAGUCAACUAACUUUCAUUAAACUUUAUUUUAACCUUGGAUUCUCAACUUUUUUCCAAAAUGAAUGAAGUGUGUAUGCAUUAUAUAUUGUAUCACGAAUGCUGUUGCGAAUUUGAUUUUGUAUUAUGACUGUGAAUCGAACAUUUUAUUUUAGAGUUUUUUUUCAGUCGUAUUUCCAACACAUCUAUUUUGUAAUGUGCAAUGCUGCAAUGAUGCAUACACACAAUCGAACGAGGAUUUUAUAAAUGUAUUCAUAAUGUAAAUAGCAUUGUUCUGUAUGUGAUGCAUCAUAAAAUGACAUACAUUAAUAAUCAUAAUGUAUGGUACAUUUCUGCUCAUGUAUAAGAUAGAUAUGUCGUUCGUUGUUUGUUCGUCGUAUUUUCUAUAAAUGAGACAGUACAAAAUAAUGCGAUACUUGACGCUGUUAAUAUGUAUCUUAGAAGAUACAUAUCAGCAACUAUAGUAAGUACAAGUACUGCUACGUAUAUUGUUAAAUCACUUGUACUUUCGAGAACGAAAAUAGAAGGCACAUCACACUAAUUUCACAAGCAAGUUUUCAAACGUGAUUUUGUAUUUUUUUUGUGAUUUUUAAAUAUUCCUACAGUUAUUUUAAUUGAUAUUAUUAUUACUUCAGAACCGUUUACAUCAUACAUAUUAACAAGACACAGUUGAAAACUUGAUAUCACAAGAAUCUAAAGAAUUCCAAAUUUCAAUAACUUACUGAUUUGUGUGUUAUUAAUUUGUGGAUAUACCAUCAUACUUUCUGUGUCAUAAAAGGUACAAUGGUAUAAUUAUUAGAUUUAUAUUACCGAAUGAUUGUUUAUUAUUUCUUGCUAAAAAAUUAUGUAAAAUUUCUGGAUUUUUACACACAACAAUAAAAUAUAUUUUGAUUAAA